AUGACCUCCUGGUCGCGACUCCUCACGGUGCCGAUGACCACCCGUCCGCGCCACACUUCUCUUCACGAUCCUCUCGCCCGAGGCCUCGAUCCCUUCCUCCGCUUCCACCACCAGCGCUCGCCUCCGCCCGUGGACCUCCGCAGCAAGGCCCAUCUGUGUCGCCCCCGCAGGUUCCUGCCCUGCCUCGAGCGCCCCCGCGCCGGAAGCCGCCUCCCAUGGCGCCCCAUCCGCGCCGCGGGACCUCCCCAUCGCCAGCUCCGCUGCCGCCUCUCCACUGCCCCGAGCAUCUGGCGCGACCAGCACCCGACCAGCAGGUCGCCAGCGUGCCCGAUGCCUCCUCCUCACGCAUGCCUGGCCGCGCCGCCGGACCCCGCAGGGUCGAACAAGGACGCCGCCACCCCAUGGAACCUUCUCCGCCUGGAGCUUCGUCACCUGCAGCCGCGUCCCCGCCAGACCUCCGCCUCGCCCCGCUUGUCUGCUACCGCCGUGUGCUGUUGUCCCCAGCGCCUCCAGCCGCGCGCCCCUGCCUUCGUUGCCGUUGACCGAGCUCCACCGUGACCUCAAGGCCAGGGGCGCCCUGCCUCCAUGUCCAUUCUGUGCUCCGUCGCCCAUGGCCGAGCACCUCAAGACUAAGCCCAUUUUCCCUUUGAUGUGAACGGUUACACGAGCAUGACCCAGAUUCAAAACGCAAGACGAUGCCUCCGUUGCACCCAUCCCGAGAAGGAGCAUUUUGGAUUUGUCAAGUACGACUACAUGGUGAUGCGCUAAGUUCCUCUACCGCCAUCUUUGGAAUCCCAAGACCGCCAAGUACCUCGACGCCCGAUGUCUAGAACAAUUACCGUCGACGUGUACGACUACAAUGUAAACAUGUACAUGACGACCUCGGGGAUCUAUGUUGUGCCAAGUACCUCCACGAUGACUCGGACAUCUACAGAAAAACAUGUACCACUACCGUCGAGAACCGAUAGUACCACUACUACUACCAUCGCGGGAACGACUACUUCCACUACCUCCCUCGACGAACUCGAACCGCUUCGUAAACGCGCACUUCGAAGGU